ACUGUACAAAAUGGCUACCUUCAUUACCUUGAUGGAGUCUAGAAGGAAUGUUGUUGACCAAUUAUUUCAAAAGCAGAGGUUAGAUGACAAGAAUUACGCCAUUAAGGCCUUAAGUAUCCUUUCGUUUACAUGUUUUUAAGCUUUGAUCACGGAAGAGACAUAUCUCGGGCAGUUUUUGCGCUCAAAAACUUGAUAAAGCUAAAGUUUAUAACUUCCCCAUGCCCUGUAAUUUACAGCAUGAUCGCGUAACUGUAACUUGUUUUCAUCUAAAAACUAUAGCUAGAGAUACUAAAUCAAGCCGAAGGUAAUACUUUACACAUUGAUUUAUGUAAAACUAGGCCCAGUGUCUGACUUAUAGUCCAUAGCUGGCAAGAAUAUCAGUACAGUGCAUCUGUCUCAGAAAUAAAUAACAUUGAAUUCAUACAACUACCAGCACUCAGCUACUCAUGUCCUGGGCACAGUAGAUUUGUGUGGCUAAGUAAUGAAGAAUUUUGUGUAUGUUUAGACUUGAGCACAACACAGAAAUCCCUUUGAAAAGCACACAAAUGCAGGUCUCUAAAGUGUUGAAACUUCUAAUGUUCAGUUAAUCUUAAUGGAAAGUACAUGCUCACUUAUUUUACAAACAUGAUUGUUGACCUCAUACUGCAACACGAUUGGCCAAUCAAACAAUGCCUUCUUCAUGUUACAUUUUUCUUUGGCGGGAAAACAAUGCAGUGAUGUUUUGAUCUUUUCAUCCAUUGGCUGAUGAAACGAAUAACAAACACUUGUAAACAAAAACCAUUUUUCAAGGUCAUAUGAAAAUCGCUCUAAUAAGAUGUGCAGUUAACAGAUUGACUUGUUAUGUUUUACAGAGAUGCAGAGGAUCAAAGGCAAAAGGAAUUCCAAGCAGCACUUAAGAUCCAGUCUUGGUUUAGGGGAACUAAAGUUAGAGCUUACUUUAAGUAUGUAUGAGAACAAGUGUAGUUGAUUCUAACCUUGACACUAUUAUAGGAGUCAAACCUCCAUUUUUCAUCAUCAAUGAGACAUGAAAGCACUGCAGGCAUCAAAUCACAAUCCAACAACCAAACAUUGAUCUUUGAUAUUUUAGGUUGUAACAGUACAUAAUACAGAUUUAUUCGCUCACUCUUUAUUAAUGGGAAGUAAUAAAGAGCGCCAGAAAAUAAUAAUGUCCAUACCCUGGACCACACACACCUCCCCCACUGAGGUGAUUUUUUCUAAAACCCCUCAACCUCUCUAGAAAUUCCAACAAUUUGGUACCCGCAACACAGGAAUUUCCAAUCCCUUCUGUGGGGAGUGGGGAGGGGAAGUGAAAAUUUUUGGAAUCAAUGCUGCAAAUAAUGCAUGUACAGUGUAUCUGUCGUGGGUCAAAAUUGAAUUCAGGUUUUAAAAAUUAUUUAACCUUGGUUGAUUCUCAAUUUUCUUUGUCUCCUAGCCCUAAUUCACAAAAUAAUAAUUAGGGCUAGGAGACAUUUAGGAAAAUUGACAAUCAACCUAGGAUAAAAAAUUUUAACCUGAAUUUAAUUUUGAAUUUACUGUAACAUAUCUAUAAUAUUGUAUCUUUUUUCAUAGAUUUCUUCAUCACUGUGCAACAACAAUACAGAGACAUUUUCGAGGUCACAAAGGAAGAGAAAUUUACAGACAUCUUGUACAGGUAAGAUUUUAUUUGCUGAUUCAUUAUCUUUCACCAAACAUUUUUGUAAAUUGAAAUGUUAUUGUUAAAGAGAGAACUAUGAGCAAAGUAAGUAAAUGACAGUGCCAUACAACAACCUGAUUGAUUAAUAGCUCAAUUUCUAACAAUACCUUGUUCUAUCAGGAAAAACUGACCAACAUGCGGGUUGACUCCUACAACAAGCAAGCAACAAUAGUAAGUGUUGAUGCAUCCAUGCAGAUUUCAAAUUUAUAACUUCUAAUACAGUUGCCAUUUAAAUUUGAUUUUAGUUUUGAAAAAUGAAAUAAUUCAAAAUUUAUUUAUUUUUCUACAGAUUCAAAAAUUUUGGAGAGGUAGGUUAUGGAAAGUUUUUUUAUAUAGUUAAUUAACCCCAUUAUUGACAUAUUAAAUAUAAUAAUGUAUUAUUAUUGCUCUAUGCUUUUAAUUAUUGAUACAAAAAUAUUAAUUGAAACCAACCAGCAUACAAUUCCAUAAUCUGAUUGGCUAAGAUACUAUCUAAUGUGUGAUUAUUUUCUGAUAGGUUUCUAUGUGCGCAAGUAUAUCUAUAAUUACCACAGUCGCAAGAGAUACUUACAGGGUAUUGUCGCCAAGAAUGAAAUAGUGAGGUGAGACUAAGAUACUAAAAAGUCAAUUUUAUCCAGAAGAUUUGAUGACCUGUACAGGGGACCAGGAGAGUUAUCCCAUAUUAAGAGACUAUGAGAUAAUCUUGGAGAGUUGGUUUAUAUGAUAUUUAUUGGCCUGCCGGGCAAAGAUGCCUCUGGUUGAUAUGUAGCAAACAAUCAGUAUAAUCAGCCCAGUACGUUAUGGGUAUCACAUGUAUGUCAGUAUUAUCGUUGUAGUGGUAAUAGACAACCUUGCAGUCUCAGCUUGAAAGUUGUGAAUGGAUAGAAAUUUUCAAACAAGUCAGAGGGCUGAAUAAAUGUGAACUAUGUAAUCAGUCUAGGGUACUGAUUUUUUUUUUUAGGAAAGAGGUGGAAGAAUUUGCCAUAAAAUCAGAAAAAGAAAAAGACAUGAAAAGAGAGUUGGAAGAAAAGGUAAUCAGACUCUAACGCUGUUUUUGUGAUACUCAAAAUCAGAUGCUCUACUAAUGUACAUCAUAAAAUAAAGUUUAAACCACAGUGUAAGUAUUAAACAACUCAUCAUUCUGUUUUGCUGACUAAGUUUAGCAGCUGUUCAAACAAAAUAAAAUCCUGUAAUAAUUUCAAAUAACAUUUUACAACAGUUGCAGUAUUUACUGUCAAACUCAGAAAACUGCAUGUGAACACCUGAACAUUUUCAGGAAAAUUGAUUUUGUUGUGACCAAUCACAAUUAAGUUCAGGACACGCGAGCAAACUACAAAACCAGAAACUAAUUAUCCUUGCUGUUUGCAAGUUUCUCAUGCAUUGGCUUUCUCCUCGUAACACAAUAACAUUCCAUAAAUAUUUCCUGUGUUCAUGGUUUUGUGAGUUUCAUAGUUAAUGCCAUUGUGUCAUUGACAAUUACUAUUUUCUUGGUUUAGUUUGCAAAGGAGAUGAGAGCACAAAAAACACAUUACUUGAUCAGCACCCACCAGGUGCCUGGUGUAUACAACUCGCCAUUUUACCCACCAAAUCCAUCUGCAAAGGAAAUUGAGCUUCGAAAUGUAAGACCACUCAACCACAGAAACCGGCAGCGUCUCAAGGCACAGCUUCCAUCUGAUGCUGCAGAGAUUCUCAACCAGUCGAGAAAUGUCAGAACAUUAUCCAGAGAGUCUAAAAGUAUUCCAUUGCCACCAAUAUCCAUGAGUACAGCACAGAAGAUGCAGGUAUGUGCACAGGGUUCCAUCCUCUGCUCAUGUAGUGGAUUUUGCUACAAUUAUUAAAUGCUGUGUCAGUUAUAAACUCGUCUUUUCACAUUCCACAGGUCAGAUUCAGGUCAGCAUGCCUAAAAUAAAUAAAUAAAAAGUGUGUUCUUAGGCUAGCUGUAAUCACUUUAAUCCAGAAUGAGUUUAAGGAUGGAGGAACUACAGGUAUAUAAAAUUUGAGCCAGCACAACCUGUGGACUAGCACGAGUGUAUUUUAGACUCAACAAUCAAAACUCAGCCUGACUGGGGAUUAUGCCUGAUUUAAUGUGAUGACAUCUAUAGCAAGAUUAUUCAAGUUAUCUGCUCUGACAAAGGGCUCGGCACUCAGAAUGUCAGCUUUUUUUGUUUAAUAAGCCCACCAACAUAUCACCACUGUUUCUUUAGAAACUAACCCAGUAUUUUGUUCCUGGUCUUGUGUUUGUGUAGGGUCCAUUCCGCACUCCUGAUGAGGUAUGGCAACAGAGACACAAACCAUUAAAUCCUACUUUAAGAGUGGCCACGUCAUAUUUCUCAGCAGAGGAUGCCAGGUAUGUGCUGAUCAGCCUUUCAAGUCUGUGUCCUCCACUUCCCAUUUACACCAGGGUUGCGACAGUCAUGGGGAAAAUCAAGGGAAAACAAAAUGGGUUCAAUGUUAGUGACAACGUCAGUGAAAAGUCAGGGAAUUUUAUUUUCAGGUUGCCACAGAGUUUGAAUCCUAAAUUUCAUUGUUCAAGAGAUAAAAUGGAUUAAGUAUUGUGGAAGCUGUCAUAAGUGGACACCCUCAGGAUACAAAAAGGGUGUCCAUAACAAUACUGGAGCUGGCUGCCUAUGGGAAUGUAACAAUACAGAGUUUGUGUGGGAGUUAAGAAAAGCAAGGUUUUGUGAAGGCCGCCAUAAGUAGAGCUGCACGCUUACAACAGUGUCUGUUUGGAGAGCUUCCACGGUAUAUAAAAAUGAUCAGAGAAAAAUCUGAGCCCCAGCAAGAACUAAACGCAUGACUUUCCAGUUACUUUAAAUGCUGUAACGACAGAGAUCAGUUACUCAUGGCAAGCAGGUGGCUCGAAAAAGGUGUGCUAAUAGCUGGGCUUGGGUGACAUAUUCCCUGUGCAGCUUAUGACUUAUCUUACUGGGGCUUACCAAUCUUGUCCAAUAUUUUCUCAGGAGUGAUAUGAAAGCUGAUGAAUGGGUAUCAAGACUGAUAGAUGAUAAGUGAGUAGAUGAUGAGCUUGUUCUUGUAUUAUAGUAACAAAAACAUUGCAUAAAAAAGUCUGAGGACAUCAAAGUUUAGUUUACAUUAUAUUACCAUUUUGUCUUUGAUGCAUGCAGACUGUCUAGUUUCACUUUUUGUCAGCUUGUUUGGUUGUCUGUUACAUUUGUAUAAUUUGCAGAGCGUGUGCAGUUUAUUUGCAUCUAUACCUCUAAGAAGAAUUUGGCUCAAAUCCCUCAGGGUUCUUGUUUUGUUAUCCUUUCCACAGAAUUGUUCCUCUGGCUUUUCCUCAGAAGUCCUCGAACUCCUAGUGGUCAAUAGCUCAAUAUCUGUCUAGCACUGCUUCAAAGAUAUCCUCAGUCGCAUUAUAUAUUUCUGUCACAAGCUGAUUGAUGCCUGUGUUUCUUCUCUUCUCUUGGUGCUCUCACUUUAUAUCGUUAUCAUCAAGUCAGCCUCAAUCAACAUUCCUUUGUGUGAUACUUCUAGCUCUGUUCUUCACUGCAACCUUCGUCCUUUAACAGACAGUCAACCUUUGUUUACUCUGGUCUACCAAAACCCUCCUGCCUUACGAUAGUUACCAAAAAGUGUGGCUUUUCUGGACUCUUCUGCCUGCUGCGUGUUAAAUGCCAGCUUCACAACCUCAACUGAUCUCAACUAUCUUUCCAUAACUUUUUGCAAGUCUCCCUCUUGCGAUAAGUCUUGUAAUACGUUUAAGAAUCUCAAAUUUAGAUUCUUAAACAUUCAAUUUCCUUAUGUGCAUCAUGAUGCUUUGCUACUUUCCUUGAUUUGCGAUGAAUGUUACAUUCAUCAGAACAAAGUUAGACUUAGUCGUUUCUUCGAUUCUAUGUUCUCUCUGUCUUCUUUGUACUUUUUCUGGUCCAGCAAUAAAAAAAUCAUCCACCUUUUUCAAUGAGGAAGUUCUCUAUGCUAUGAAUGCAUUUUGUUCGUUUAAUCCUUAAUCCUUGUCUGUAGAAGAAAACAACAACAAUUAUUUUGUUUUGGUCUCAAACCUAAAACAUUCCUUCGGCUACUUUGCUUCCUUUCUUACAUCACUUUUGAGGAUCCCAGACCUUUGCUUAUCUCAUACUGCAUGCUUGCUCUUCAUAACUUGGAAUCAAGGGUCUGGGAAAGAGUAAGGCAUGUACUCCCAAGACUCCCAACCAGACUUCCUUUUUCUGCCUUGUAACUUUACCAUCCAUGUAAGUUCUGACAUCUCCUUUCAACAUUUCUUUAAAUAGCAGUAUCAUAACCAUUUACCAUUUUUCCUUCUUUUAAAUGGUGUCUCCUAAAUCACUUCAGGAGUCUUUUUUCUUGGAAGAAAGCUACCGUUAAACUUCUCCGUAUUGUUGUUUCAAAAAUGCACAUUUUAUAAAUGGUUUUCUGAAAGAAAUUAUCAAAUCCCUGUUUUUAAAAAUUUGAAAAAUCUUCACAAGAUUUCACCGUAAUGGAACCUCCUACAGUACUGUCCCUUCAUUCGUUAACAUUUUGAAUCAUUCGUGGUUGAAAAUUUGAGGAAAUAUUAAGAAGAAAGUAUCCAUUUUUAUCAUUUUCAGAUUCCUUCCAUUCACGCAUCGUGACCGUCCUUAUGAACCGCUUUUGCACACCACUUCCCAAUAUGGAAGGUGAGUAUGACGUCAUGAUCAGCCGACCACGUGAAGCUAGGGAGAGAUUUUAUGAGGCAUGACGGUGAUAAGCUCAAGGAUCACAGUAUAAUACACCUUCUAUUACUGAAUAUUUUGCGGUGUCUAGCAUUGAAAACCGAGGCAAAAACCGCAAUAAAACAGACAGAAAACCUCACCCUGAUCGAAAUAUAUUCUCUUUCAGCCUGCCGUAUGGAACAAAACAUUUUAGGGAAGAAGACAAAGAAAGACGAAUAACACCCUCGGUAAGAGUGUGAAGUGUAAUUUGUUAGUCUGCAAGUAAUUAACCCCUAUUUGGGUGCAAGAACAAAUAGAGUGAUUGUGAGCCAGUAUUUUAUUGGUACGAAAUUCUCGUAAUGUUGGGUGUGGCUGAGUCGAGGCAAGCUCGGCGAGACUGAAACGAGUGAAAAAGCUAAGCGUGAACUGAAAAAGGCCCUCUAUCCCCAAUUUUCACUCGGCUCAGGUUACUUUCGCUGUUUCUGUCAUAGUUUUUGGCGCAGCAUUAUUAAAAUGUAAUGCAGACUUGUAAACAUGUUUUUUUUUUCUUUUUGCAGAGAUUUCAAACAGUGGUUUCUCCAAUUCCAGUUUUCGAGCAGUUUGGAAAGACGUACUAACAAUGUACUGGUACAAAACUAAAAUAUCGUAGUUACAACAGUAUAUCGGAUGCUGUUCUCAUUUUAGCUAGGAAUAAAAGAUGGCCAAUUAUCUUUUUGUAUUGUAUAUAUUUUUAAUUGCCAUAAAAUUACAACAAAAGAAACGACCCUGGUUUUGUAAAUAUGUAAAUAAUUCUCUUUUUUUGGCAAUCGUAACUUUGCAAGCCUGUUUUGAAUAUACCGGGUAUAGUUCUUUCUCAUUGUAGCUGAUCAGAAGUGUAAAAUACUGUAAUAAAUUUACAGGACAGAU